GUCCAGUCGACGACCGAAUGUGGGACACGCCGCAUGCACCAACWUCAGGAAUGUAGAAUAGAUCCAUCAGCGAGAAAAGAACUGCCAACUGCGAACAGACCGCGGCACCGAACUUUUGAAUUAAUUUUGUUGUUAUUAUUAUUAUUAUCUUAUAUCACGGUGUUUAUCAUUAUUCAUUAGCCUUAAUAGUUUUUUGUUACCUUGUUUCGAUAAAGCGAUAUUGAAUUUAUUAAUUUUAUUUCUCGACUCAUUGAUCAUCGUAUUUAGAGUAGAAACUCAUCACGUCUCUUACUAUCCUCGAUGGCAGGUACCUGCCUAUGUCGACUGCUGUAGGUGUACGCUAUUACACUGAAAAAACGGUAUAACGUCCCAAACAGCUCUCGUGCUCUCGUCGUUAGUUGCAACCAGAUUUUUUGGUACCUGUGUUGUUAAAAUUUUUUUUUWAAAAGGUGAGUAUAUAGGUUAGGUACGAAGUACUAGUACUAAGCUAGUACGAAGCGUUAGGAGCUCGGUGUUUGUCUCACCGGUGCUUCGCGUUCUUCAGUCUCUUCGUACUCAUCUGGCAAUUUGUCGACGAACUCUAUUAGCCUGACAAUACCACACAAUAUGUACUGGACUGUUCACAUGUAUGGUGGCCCUCGACGGGUCAACCACGCAGCUGUCGCUAUCGGCACGAGUAUUUUCACGUUUGGUGGUUACUGCAGUGGUAUAGACUACAAAAACUUCAAGCCAAUUGACAUUCAUAUUUUAGACACAGUGAAAUUGAAAUGGUGGAAACUGGAGUUAAUAAAUCAAGAUUGCAAAUGUGUUCCGUUCCAGAGGUAUGGUCACACAGCAAUUAAUCUUGGAUCUAAUAUUUACCUGUGGGGUGGACGUAAUGACAAUGAAGUUUGCAACACUCUCUACUGUUUUAACACACAAACUUUAAAAUGGACUACACCAAAUGUAUAUGGAAAUAUACCUGAGCCAAGAGAUGGCCAUUCAGCAUGCAUCAUUCAAAACUGUAUGUACAUAUUUGGUGGAUUUGAAGAACAUUCAGGUCUAUUUGCUUCAGAUUUGUACAUGUUAAACUUUCACUCAAUGGUAUGGAGUAUAGUUAAAACAAAGGGACGUCCCCCGUCGUAUAGAGAUUUUCAUACUGCAACUGCAAUUGAUAAUAGAAUGUAUAUAUUUGGUGGUCGUAGUGAUUAUCAUGCACCCAGACAAACUGAUAAAGAUAAAUAUUGUUCCGAUAUUUAUUAUUUAGAUACCUCUAGAAGGAAGUGGAUACGUCCAAAAGUCUAUGGUAUUAAACCCAUAGCACGACGCAGCCAUUCUGCAUUCGUCUAUAAUGGUUUUUUUUACAUCUUUGGUGGGUUUAACAAGAACAAGGACUUACAUUUUCAAGACAUUAAUCGAUAUGAUCCAGUUAGUUCCACCUGGAUGAAAAUAUUACCAAAAGGCACACCACCAUGUGCUAGGAGAAGACAGAUUUGUCAAUUAAUCAAUGACAGGGUAUAUAUAUCCGGCGGUACUAGUCCGAUUUUUCCCAAACCAGCAAUUACUGCAAGAUUGAGGGAGUAUGAUCUGGGUGAUCAAUUGAAUAAUAUACAUCUCAAGGAUCAUGAUGACCUUCAUGUUUUAGAUCUGAAGCCCAGCCUAAAAGAUAUGUGUAUGGUGAAUGUGUGGGAGAAUAUGGAAGAAAUGAAAAUUGAUAAUAUAAACGAUCUAAGCAUUCCAGUAUCAUUAAAGCAUGAUUUGGCCGCCUUUGAUCCUUUUGAAGUAAUGUAUACCGGAGUCAAUAUGAUGCAGUCAUAUGAUGAAAAUUUUCCUAUUCUUGCGUAG